CCACCCUGAGGCUAGCAGGCUAGCAGAGCGGCUGACAGUGGACCAACUGUAACGUUAGCAAACAAGCUAAUUAGCCGGACAGACUGAGCCUGGGAUUACUGUGUUUAAUCAGAAGACAGCGCGAAGUCUGAGGGUUUUUACUCACUGCGGCACAAUGAAGAUAACUGUGGAUUUCGAGGAAUGUUUGAAGGACUCCCCACGGUUCAGAGCCACCAUAGAGGAAGUGGAGGGGGAUGUGUGUGAGUUGGAAUCCAAACUCGACAAACUGGUGAAGUUGUGUAUUGGGAUGAUCGAUGCUGGAAAAGCCUACAAUGCAGCUAAUAAGCAGUUUGUUAACGGAAUCCGGGAGCUAGCCCAGCAGUCCACCAGAGAUGAAGUCAUCGAGUCCAGUCUCACAAAGUUUGCUGAGAGCCUGCAGGAGAUGAUCAACUAUCACACGAUAUUAUUCGAUCAAGCCCAGAGAUCAAUCAAGACCCAGCUUCAAACAUUUGUCAAAGAUGACCUACGCAAGUUCAAAGAAGCCAAGAAGCAAUUUGACAAAGUGAGCGAGGAAAAGGAGGCAGCUCUGAUCAAGAACGCUCAGGCCCCCCGCAACAAGCAGCAUGAGGUGGAGGAGGCAACCAACAUUCUCACUGCCACGCGCAAGUGCUUCCGACACAUCGUCCUCGACUACGUCUUACAGAUCAAUGUGCUACAAUCCAAAAGAAGAUCGGAAAUCCUGAAAUCAAUGUUGUCCUUCAUGUACGCGCACCUGACAUUCUUUCAUCAAGGAUAUGACCUCUUCAGUGAACUACAACCUCUAAUGAAACUGCUUGGAGGACAGUUGGACCAGCUGGUGGUGGAUGCUGCCAAAGAGAAGAGGGACAUGGAGCAGAAACACUCGACCAUCCAGCAAAAGGACUUCUCAAAUGACGACACCAAGCUGGAGUACAAUGUGGAUGCAGACAACGGCAUCGCCAUGGAAGGUUAUCUCUUUAAGAGGGCCAGCAAUGCCUUCAAGACGUGGAAUAGGCGUUGGUUCUCCAUCCAGAACAAUCAGCUAGUUUACCAGAAGAAAUUUAAGGACAACCCUACAGUGGUGGUGGAGGACCUGAGACUAUGUACAGUCAAACACUGUGAGGACAUAGAGCGUCGCUUCUGUUUCGAAGUGGUGUCACCCACAAAGAGCUGUAUGAUGCAGGCAGACUCAGAGAAGCUGCGGCAGGCCUGGAUCAAAGCCGUCCAGAACAGCAUCGCCACCGCCUUCCGUGACAAGGGAGAUGACGGCGAGAAGCUGGAUAGGAAGUCAUCCACGUCGACAGGGAGCCUGGACUCUGGUGGCGAACCGAAGGAGAGAUCACUGAAAGGAGAGAGUGCCCUGCAGAAGGUCCUGGCCAUUACAGGCAACACCUGCUGCUGCGACUGUGGCCAGCCAGACCCCCGCUGGGCCAGCAUCAAUCUGGGCAUCACCCUCUGUAUACAGUGCUCUGGUAUCCACAGGAGUCUGGGUGUGCAUUUCUCUAAGGUCCGGUCUUUGACUUUGGAUACAUGGGAGCCCGAACUACUAAAGUUGAUGUGUGAACUGGGAAAUGGAGCGAUCAACCAGAUCUAUGAGGCUCGGCGAGAGGAGCUAGGAGCCAGAAAACCCCAGCCAGGAGAUCCAAGACACGAGGUAGAGGCCUACAUCAAAGCCAAAUACGUGGACCGCCGGUUUGUACGCCGGCCGUCUGACGAGGAGCUCCGCGACAAAGUGGUUUCUCUGAGCAAACAGGAGAAGAGGCUGAGCAGCAGCUCUGAGCAUCUGCCCCCAAGACCACCACCACCCACCCCAAAACUCAGACCUGGUUCAAACGUCUCCGGACAGUCCGCUGUUGCCAGCGGCUUGGAGGCCCGCCGCGACUCUCUCUUCUGUCCUGACGAGCUUGACUCGCUCUUCUCCUACUUUGACAACUCCUCCAAGCUCAGGAGCAUAAAAAGUGCAGACAGCGGCAUCCAGAACAGCGCUGAUGGGAGCAGGGAGAUGCUGGCCAACACCCCCUCCAAUAACAGCCUCACCGAUGCAGAGGCUGCUGAGCCUCCGCCCAUGGCCAUGCCUGCCACACUGCCUCCUCCGUCGCCCUGUAAGGAGGUGGUUUUCUACGAGCCUAAGGAGUACAGCCCGGGUCUGCAGCUCUACUGGGCCUCAUGCGCCCGCAGCCUGCCGGACAUGGCGGAGGCGCUGGCCCACGGAGCUGAGGUCAACUGGGUCAACACAGAAGAUGAUAAGAGGACGCCACUCAUCAUGGCGGUGCAGGGGGGUUCGCUGGUCACCUGUGAGUUUCUGCUCCAGAAUGCAGCUAAUGUGAACCAGCAGGACGCUCAGGGCCGAGGACCCCUCCACCACGCCACCAUGCUGGGACACACAGGGCAAGUGUGUUUAUUCUUAAAAAGAGGAGCAAAUCAAAAUGCUGCAGACAUUGAUGAAAAAACACCCUUGACAAUAGCAGUGGAGGCCGCCAACGCCGACAUCGUCACACUGUUGCGACUGGCCAAGAUGAACGAGGAGAUGCGAGAGGCGGAGGGGCCCUACAGCCAGUCAGGAGAUGAAACCUACCAGGACAUUUUCCAGGAUUUCACCCACAUGGCUUCCAACGACCCAGACAAGCUGAACCGUUACCAGCAGUACGAUCAGCAAAAGCCUUGACACAACAUGCAACGCCGUCCACUCAGCACUCAGAGACACUGUCUGCUCAACCCGGGGAGACAAAACGAUGUCUGGAAAUACGUUGUCCACUUUCCCUUCAGCAUCAUUGAGCAUUAAUGCCGGUUAGUGCUGCCACAGCUGGACUGGAUGUCAUCAUAUCUAACGUGGCCGUAGCUCCCUUUCAGCAAUUUGUAUUCUUGUGACUUUGUUGAAAACUAAAGGCAUUUUACUCAAGUGAAGGGGAACUUCUGUGAACAGCAAACCUCACUUUUUUUUUUAAACAGUACUUUCCAGUAGGAUCUAUUACAAUAACUGAAUGGUACAGUUUUAAAGUCUUUUAAAUGAUUUACAAACAAAAAAUCAAAUGAUAAUUGAUGCUGGUCUGAAUGUAGAGCUGCCUUCCAGGCUGUCUUUUCUUAUUUUGGCCAAGUUUAAUCUUUUAUGUCACACUUUCUGACAGAAGAAAUCCAAAGACAAUUUCUUCUUUUUUUAAAAAAAUAUAAUAAAUAAAUAAAUCAGAGUGGAUGAACAGUUAAGUGCAUGACAAUACUCGAUUUCAAUUUUUAAGUGCUUCCUUUUUUCAAUAGGAUUUUCUUUUUUAGCAUAAACGUUGCUUUAGUGAACUCGCAAUAUGCUUUUACUUCCUUGCACAAAUCCGUUUGUCUUAAAUCGCCACUGAUGUUUACCAGUUUUGAUGGUAAGACUUUGACAUGUUAAACAAUGUACAGUGAUUAUAGAAGUGAACAUGUUAUUGAUGCGCCUGUAAUGUUAAAUAGAUACGAGUUUAUGAUUUUUAAAUGCUAGUUAUUUUUCCACACGUUCCUCUGAAUGAUUUAAAUUUUCCACGUUGUCACCACAUCAGUACCUGCAGUACGUGUCAGUGAGGCAAUCAGCCCGUCAGUGUUGUAAUUUUAUGGAAUUAAAAUAGCUUCAGUCGUGGUGAGACUAUGAUUAAUUUUCAGAUUUAGUCUCAUGCUGAUACGAGAUUAAAAAGUUGAGAUGUAGGCUUAGAAAGUUCUACAUUAGUUUGGACUGGUAUUGAAUAGAGGCCAUUUUAUUCCUGUUAAAUCUAGAAAUGCCAGUAACAGUAACACUGUAUUUUACAGGUUUGUAAUAACAAUAGCAAUUACAUGGGAAGUUUCCUGGAAACAACUGUGAAACUGAACUGCAGCUUGCUGUGGCUGCUCCUACUUCCAUUACUCACUGACAUAUUUAUCCACUGAUUUAAAAAAAACUAAAGAGAAUUACCAUUGUCUUGUUUUACAGAUUCUUUCGACUUCAAUUAUUAUAAAAUUCCCAAACAGUAACGUUGGAUUAUACGUAUGCACCGUUACCUGUGAAUCCAUUGUGCGUCGGUAGGCUGUUAAAAAAAUGGUGUGUGAGUGGCGGACCCUGCCACUAACAAUGCAAACUACUAUAUAUAGAGAUAAUUACUGAUUCUUAAUACAUUGAAUGGCUAUUGCUAAAAAACAAUGCCGACCAUAAAUAGCAAAUUAUUUUUUAAAUUACGGACCUGUAAAAUAAAGCGUUAAAGAAAUGGCGUACAUUUUCAUUUCAUGUGUUGAGUUGUUAAAGAAACCUUUUUAGUUACAUCAAGCGACUUCACUGAAAUGAAAUCUGCAAAUUUUAAUAUUAGAGGUCAUGUACUGUACUGUAGGAUCUGUGAUUUUUGCCUUAAAAAACUGUAAAAUCUUCACUUCUCUUUGCAUUACCAGUAUGUAGUAAGGUAUGAUAUGAAGCACAGAGGAAGCAUUUAGCCAAUGAAACAUGGGAUACAAUUCUUGUACAUUUUGUACAGAUGCUUUUGAAUUCUCCAGAGAAGUGAAGUAUAAAAGUUAGUGGUACUUGAAUCAUUAAAUAAGCUUUUGUAUAUGCUGUUCUUUGUAUCCUUAGGUAAUUUUAGCCCAUUUUAUAUUGCCUGUCUGUAUACCAGUAUACAUGUACUGUAUAUUCUACCUGUAAGAACUUCAAUACAUAUGGACUGAGGACUCA